UUCCCCCCGUUGGAGAGAGAUGACGACAUCCGGCUGAGUGAUAUUAUCAUCAAGAUGUGGAUCAACUUUGCUGCCACCGGAAACCCGACUCCCGACGAUUCACUGGGGUUCAGAUGGGGGCCCUUCAGUGAGCAUAACAACCAACACCUGGAGCUGAAGGUGGAGCCCACCAUGACUCGCUACUCUAGGCACCAGGUUCGGGAGUUUUGGUCAUCGCUGCCGCUACUGGAGAACGUCAUCUUGCACCCGGAGAAGGUGUCUCGCCUCGCUCACCACUGGCUGAGGGCCACGCAGGGAGAGAGGCAGUCCUUCACUGCCACAAGGGGCACCCCACUUCCUGGUCACUCCGAUGACUUACCUCUACGCAAACCUGUCAAGGUUGCCCUGAGAGAUGAACUGUAACCUCACCACUCUCCAGGACCGACCAGCCAUGCUCCUGAGCACAGAAAAUUAUUGUUUUGAGAAUCUUUGUUAAAAUUGCAGUCUGUCUCAAACAUGUCAUAAUUAAAAAAAAUCCUAAGUAAAUGUCCCUCGUCCCUGAACGCAUCUAAUUUAUCAAGCUUCACCACCAAGUUGGGAGUUACAAUGGUGUUGAAACAGCCUAUCAUAACUAGAUGUGUUUCCUUAACACCGAAACUAAUGGACGAAAAUGAAAGUACAACUCCCUAGGAACCCUGUCUGUGUUCCAGUGAGCCUUGAUGCUGCCGUCGGGACCUGUAGUGGGUUAAGUCUGGCCUGGGGCGUCCACCAACGACAACAAGGUGAUGAUGCUUCCUCCUCGACAUCCCAGAAGGUACAGGGACCAAAUAACACUUUCACAACAAGAUAUGAAGUGGACAGAUUCCAUUUGAAAAUUAAAAAAAAAAUUCAA